UCCAUGGAAGCCCACCAUGUUAGGACAUUCUAUGGUAGUUAGCAAAAUCUCAAGGCUACAGAAAUGACGUUAUUAAAUAGUGAACAGAAACAGCAGUUGUUCUGAUAAAAACUUCGGACAGUUUAUUAAGGUUAAUUCUAACGUUGUCUCCUCAAAAAACGACCAGAAUGAACCGUUUUAAUUCAACCGUCUCCGUUGACGAAUACCUCGCGGACAGUAACGUGUUGUUCUAUCUGAGCGACGCAGUGACACAGCUGCUGGAGCAUAAAGAGGAAUACACCCAGUUUGGGGUGAUCCGCUACUUUGCUGAGUAUUUCAGCAGUGUGAAGAACAGUAACCAUGUCCUCUUCAGAGAGUAUAACUACAUCAGGGCCACUCCUCAUAACAGAGCCUCCUUCAUCAGAGUCUUCUGGAGAUGCUACAGACAGAUCGGCAAGAGUGGAGACUUACUGUCCAUGCUCGAAUAUAGGUCUCUGCUACAGUUACUGUGUCCAGACUUUCCAGUGGAGAUGGUACAGAGUGCAGCCAGAAUUGUUCUGAUGGACGACGCCAUAGAUUGUUUGAUGUCUUUCUCUGACUUCCUUUAUGCUUUCCAGCUACAGUUCUACUACCAAGAGUUCUUGGACAGCGUGCUGAUGAUCUACCAGGACCUGUUAGCAGGGAAGAGUCCUAACACUGUUAUCGUCCCCACCUCCACCUCCAUCGAGCAGCUGCCCUCGGUGGCUGCAGAGGAGAGCGACAAAGAGCGGCAGCAGCAGGAUGGGGUGGAACCGUCCACUCUGGCUCAGUGUAUAGACGCUCUCUGUGACAGAUUCAAACACAGUCAUCCUUCCAGGUCCUGUAUGAGGGAAAUACUGGAAGAAACUGACAAAGUCUGUUACUACAGCUUCCUAAUGAGCCUGGCUAAACAUGAGACCAUCAACCAAACCAUUGGAGUGUUACCCAACAAGGCAGAGUUACUCAUUGACCCAGAGAUGGACCAGGAACUGGACAAACUAAUUGCUCAGAUCUCAGUGAGUCCCAGCAGCAACAGCAGUGGCAGUGCGGUGGGGGGGCUAAAGGAGAUGCAGAGGAGGGCCUCCCCCAGGAGGAACAUUCACCACAGGAGGAAGAUGGAGGUGGAAAGCGACGGCUCCACAGAGGAGACAGAUUCCUCUGAGAACUGAGCUCUGACUUCUCACUACUCUGUGAUGUGUAACCUUCCAUCUUAAGUCCUAAACACACAGUGGCUGCAUGAUACACAUCCAAACUUUUUUGCCCAUUAUUUGCUCUGUAAACUCACACACUUGUAGUGGACAAGAGAACAUCAGUGCAGUGAAACCCUCCACCCUGUGAUAUUAUAUAUAUAGGGUAUAUACAUAUAUGACACUGUCUUUUUGUCCAGCACCAAUGUCCAGAAAAGCAGUGAGAUGGCAGCAGAAUAUUCACUGUUGAUGCUACAUUAUGCUGUGUGGUCCUGAUGAUGGGCAAGUCCCUUGUCUACACAUGGUCACGUGAUGUACCAUUGCUGUCUGGCUGCAGUGUUUUGAAUUUUACUGUAAUCUCUCCAAACAAAAUGUUUGUAUUCCCAUCAUUAUUGGUUUGUUAGUAAUGAGAACCAAAGAACACACUCUGUGGAUGGAUGUACUCCUGCUGCUGUAAAUCUCUGUGUUAACACUGGCCAUUAACUUUCUCAGUUUGCUGAACAAAGUGAAAAGUAUUAGAAUAUGUCCAACACUGAUUGAAAUAGCAGAUUAUGGUUCUCUCCUGACCCCUCCACAUCCUGUCUGUCCAAACCCACAUAGUAAACAUCUCAAGCAUGAACUGUAUUUACAGCACUAAUUUGUUUAUUAUGAAGCUUUAUGUGAAUGUGAUAUUACAUGUAUGGAGAUCCUCACUCACUGUGAAUAAUAAAGAUGUAAGUGAU